CCUCAUCUCUCGAAGUCCACCAAAAAUCGAAUUAACAUAUUGACUAAUAAAAACUGCACAAUGAAAUGAAAAUUUCCACCAUAAUUCUACUAUUCUAUCGACUUUAAAACCCUUUCACGGAAAUCGUGUUCAGCUACAUUAAUUUUUCAAGAUAUUCAAUGAUGUCCUGAUAAUUAUCAGUCACUUUCAUGUGCCUUCACGAAUUAUGAAUAAUUGACAUUUAUUGAUUGGAGAGGCAAGGAUUGAUGAAGGGGAGAACGAGUUGAAAGAGAAAAUGAGCAACUGCUCAGGUAAAUUCAUGUGGAGCUCUACACUUGGGGCAUUCGUUCAAUACUUCAGAAAUUAAUUAAUUGAAUAUUGAAAUGGAGAGGAAGCCCAAAAGAAAGCCGAGGAAAUUAUUUCUGUGGAGUUUACUGAAACAGUACUUAUUGAAUUCAAACAUCCACGGGUUCAAGUACAUCGUUGAGCCAGACAGGCACUGGACUGAGCGAUUGUUCUGGAUAAUAGCUUGUGGUGUGAGUUGUUGGGCCUGUGGAUUAAUGGUCAUCAGCACAAUUCAAUUUGCAACCGGGCGAGAUGUCUCGAUUACAAUGGCAACGGAUUAUUUGAAGUACGAGGCUCAAGUCCCGGCUCUGCAUUUCUGCGUGGAGACCACUGACAAAGUUAAAGAUUAUAUACUCUCAAGAGGUCUAGAUAAAAAUUUAAUGGACUAUCCGACACUUGGAUUGAAAUCAAAGAACUUUCCCUCUGAAGAGGAACUUGCAGAAAUAUUAAGAUUGAUACAGCCAACCUGUGAAGAUUUACUCGCACAGUGUCUGUGGAAUGGCGAAGAGAUUAAUUGCUGCGAACUCUUUUUCCCUCUACAAACCAAUGGUGGAUUGUGUUUAUCGGCGAACUCCGUGCAGUCCAUCAAACCCAAUAAUACUACCGGACUGGAGCUAUUUAUAAAUCACAGGAAACAAGAAGGAAGAUUGACACUUUUCAUAAAAAAAAGGAAGAGACUUCCAUAUGCUUAUCUGAUGAAUCGCUACGAGUACCCAACAGCGGAAAUAAGUAUGGAUAGAAAAUUAGAUCUAAAGAUGAAACACCUCAUAGUGGUCGAUGUAACCGCUGUCCCAACGCUCAAUAAACCGGAAGUCAUCGACAUGCCAAUGUCAAUGCGAAAAUGUCGCAUGUCUUCAGAGAACGCCGACAAUAUUUACUUAAAGUGGUAUAAUUAUGACGGCUGUCUGAUGGAGCAGCAAAUGCGCAAUAUGCUGAAACUGUACGGCUGCUUAAGCCACACAUUCCCUAGGGCUCCAACAAUGGAACUGUGCAAUGCGACGCAAUUGGAUGGGGCACAUCUCUGGACGAAGGGAAUCAAAACUGUAGACGAAACGAAGUGCCUGCCCGAUUGCGAGGGCAUUGUGUAUGACUUUAGUCUGAAUAAAUACGAGUCUCCGAAUUUACCGACAUGGGCGCCAUUGCAGAUUGAGGUUAAUAUGUUGACGGGACCCAGCAUCCAGUACGAGAGAUAUGCAACCCGGUCUCUUCUGCAAGUUAUCAUAUCAGUAGGAAGUGUCGUCGGUUUAUUUAUGGGAGCAAGUCUCCUGAGCAUCAUAGAACUCCUCUACUGGCUCAUCAUACGCACAAAUCCAUAAUUACAUAAACAUCAAUCACCCAGUGACACCUGAAUACCCAUCAUGAG